UUAAUUCAUAAUUUUAAAUAAAUUAAUUGAGAGCGAUUUCUUAAAAGAGCGCUGUCUAUCUUUCUAUAAUAGAUAACUUUUGUUUCUUUGGCGUUUAAAAAACUUUUAGAAAGAGAUUUUCAGUUACCUUCAUCUUGGUGCUAGGUUUCUCCUGAGUUUCUUUUUUUCUUCUCAUUCGUUUCAUACUUUACAUUUCUCANUUCUAAUUCUAAUUUCAUAUCUAAAAUGGGAACACGCUCUUCUUCAUACAUCUGCAAUUUUCAUUAACCGCCGAAACCCUACAUUUUCGCCUAGUGGUGGAUGAGUUUUCGGGGAUUCCUCGUCAAUUAAGGUACUCUGCUUUUACUUCCUGAGCGGUAUUUGUUUCGCCAUGACUAAACCUACAACUGUUACCCCCAACGGAUAUCUGACGACAAUGCCAUCUUCCGUGACGAGUUUAACCCCCUCGCUGCUCUCCACANUCAUCCCAAAUCCAGCAAGGCCUUCGUUGUCGACCUUGCGUGCCUCGUCUGGAGAGCCUCCGCAUCUUCUUCAAUCCCUGGUUCGUGGUGCUAGGGAAAAGCGUCUCAGGGUCAAGGGACCUGUUAGGGUGCCAGCCAAUGUUCUUCACAUCGCCACCAGGAAAUCCCCGUGCGGUGAAGGUGGAAUAUGCAAAGUGGAAAUGCAAUGUGACUGUUCCUUGUGGCAAAGCAGUGCCAUCAAAUGUCAAGGCUUCUAAGCUCAUGUACGAUGAGUAUAUUGUUUAUAAUACUACCCAAUAUAAUCCACCAUUUACUCUUCCAUUUCAACACCGUAAUGAGAUUGCAUUGGAGGUGGAAUGGAAUAAUAAGUACUAAUAGUAUUCAUCAAUUUGAGGUUUUAGCAGGAUCAAAAAUUGUUGUUGCNGUUGGACCUAGUAACCUUGUUGUUGGACCUGUUGCUACCUUUGUUCGAGACAACCCAAUGAUAAUGAUUGUAGAUAUUAUGUGUGCCGAUAUAUGAAAGAAAUUAUCAUAUGUGAAGGAGGAACAAUUUCA